UUGGCUCCAGCUUAAGUUUAGGUAGGACGAGGAAAGGCUAGGGAAAUCGAAAGCUGAGCUGAGUUGAGUAAGGACAUACUUUGCCCCUGAGUCUCGGAUAAUCGCUAGCUGGAACCAAAAGACCAUGUACAUCCAUGCUGAGUGGAGUCCCUAUUGGAGCGUGGAUGGCUUCAAAUGUAUUAAUGCUACGUCAUCUGGACAUUUUGGGAGCUCAUUUUGGUAUUUUGUGAUUGCUCAUUCCUGGAAAGGAUUAGUCAGUUCAGGAUAGUUUGGGACUUUAUUACAGCACUUCUUUUGAUACUCCACACACCCCUUAUACCACCAGGAGGAGGGGGGCCAGAAGAAACCCUCUACCAAUCACAGACAGGGAGCACCUGCUGGGAUAAAGCUGUGAGCAAGGCAUGCUGGGAAUGCCGAGAACGAGGGAUUUGACGCAGGGGACAGCAGUAUAGUGGAGACUAGAAUGUUUCUCGAGGAGUGCUACAGCGAAUGAAAUAAACUUUUGGACAGGAAAACCCUUUGAAAUGGUGAUGAUCCUGGAGCUGCCACUGCCUGAAAUGCAAACACAAGAUGAGUCCUCUUCGGAAAUUCAAGGCCACUUUCAGAAGUUUGUCCUGUUUUGUUAGAAGGGAGUGGACAGACAUAAGGUACCAAGGGGGAAAGAUCAUCUUGGCGCACCUGAUAUGACCUCAUUGUCAUCAAGACCUUCUGAAUGUUGAUACUCCUGCUUAGGUGGAGUUCAAUCAGUCUAUCGCUAGCUGUCUUACCCCUGAAGAAUGUUACAUCAUUGCCAAGAUUUGUAGUAUUGGUAAUAACUAGUCUGCCUUAGGACAGCAGAUGGCAAGCUCGUGGGAUGUGAAUUGGUUGGAUUAGCGCCAGACGCUUCAUUAGCGCUGUCGUCAGAUGAAGACAUCCUUCCUGGACACAAUAGCGUAGGAGAGGGUUCGGACGAGAACUUCGCGUAGACAGACGUCAGACCGCAUUGCCUCACCGUCGACCAAGACUGGGCCUUGAGGCUGAAUUAAAAGUCAACUUCCUUUGGGAGAAUCAAAAACAUGUUCACCAUGAUUUGCAAUGUGCUUGGAGAUCUGACUUGGGAACAAUAUGAGUUUCUUGCCUCUGUGAUGUAAUGUAGUUUAGGAAAGACUAGUUUGGAAUACAAUAAUGGCGGAGAAUAGGAAUGUCGCAAGGGUGAGGGACUCGGAUGGCUCCCCUCCCGGUUUGAGCCACAAAGAUUCUGAUGAAUGGGGCUCUAUUGCAGACUUGCUGAAAAGCAUUGAGAGCACUAACCAGAGUAGGUGUACCAAGGUGAAGUCGCCUCCUCCCCCUCAGCCUAGGAUGCCACCGUUGAGUGAGAAUAUACAAAGUGCCGAUGCAGGAGAGUCACAACGAGGCCAGGGCAUGCAGCAACUUAACCAUCUUAUAAGACUUAUGGACCAAAUGUGUGCCCUACAGAGGCAAAACUCAAAAUUAAGAGAACAAGCCGAGUACCUUGCGGCUAUCAAGAACUUGCACGAAUUGCGGAACGAGACCUUAAGGCAGAACUGCCAUUGUGAGGGUCACAGAAGAGCUUCAGACCUAAGCAGUAGCAGUGGAUCCAGGUUCGAACACACCCAUGUGACCGGGGAAUCACUGUCGGAGCCAGAGAGCCAGAUGGGUGAGGACAUGGACGGAGACAUGGCAGCGAGGGGCGAGAAGCGGGGACGUUCUUCCAAGAGAGAUGGUAAGAACAAAAAUAUAAAAAAGCGUAGUAGGUCUCUAGAUCCAUUUGGUGACGAGGGAGAUAGCAAGGACAGGAACAAACAGGGUCUCUUCUCAAAGAUCGAGAAGAUGAAAGAGAAAUUAACAAAUCGUAGGGGUAGUGUCAAGCGCCGCUCCAACUCUAGAGGAGAUGGCGCCAAGUCGGAUGAUGAAGGAGAAGAGGGCAAAUCCGGUCCUCCAUUCCAUGUAGAUGGCUUAGAGACCAAAUCUGAGGAUAGUGGGAUUUAUCACAUUGGUCCUGAUGAUUUAGCAGCCGCUGCAAGACUUGAAGCAUUCAUGCAAAAGUCCACUGAUGAUAUUUCAGACAAUGAAGAUAUUUUCCAAGGCACUGUUCCACUAAACUGGGCCAGGACAGCCGUGCUUGCCCAAAGCCGUAGAAAGGGUAGUGAUUUGUCAACGGGUAGCUCCGGUGAAGACUACCUUGAAUCUAAACCUAAACGAACUUCACCAAGCGAAGAACGCAAGUCCAAUCUGGCAACAGUGUCACAGCAAGAGACGGAUGAGAUCUCAUCGAAAAGAUCGCGGUUCCGUAGAACUCCUAGUUGCCAGGAUAACGGUGCAGCAUUUGACGAUAUUGAUGGGGAACGAGCGGUCGCAGCUCGGUCGAUGGGACCAGUAGAGGAGAAACUCAAGCAGAAGCGACUUCUGCAAAGCCAUAGCUUGGACAUAGAGAUGACUGACGCUGGUGGUGUCUCAGAGAGGGAAUCCGGUCGAAUGUCAGGAUCUGAGUACAAACAACCUCAAAAAAGGAAGUAUUUCAGGAAGAGCCAAACAGUGGAUGUGGAUCUUGAUGGUCACUCUACAUCAUCGGUGUCGGUAGAUGGAGCUUUCAAGGACGUCAGGUCCCCGAAAGCAUCACCUCCGGAGAAGAAGAAGCACCGAGGAUGGGAAAAAGUUAAGCACGCCAUGACCAAGAGACAUUUAGCAGAAGCCAACCGACAGCGCUUGAUGACAUCAUCAACGGAGGAGAGUCCUCCGGUUGCUAAGCGACAGGAGAUGGCAGAGGAUGGCUACCUAACUCCGGGAGAUUCUACCGACGAUGGGAUGAGGAAGGUAUCCUCAAGGAGAGGAGAUGGAAGCAAAAAGUCGAGCAAAAGAGAUAAAGAUUGCAGUUUUAACGAGCAUGAUCCCUUAGCACGCUCAUCCUCAAGCAAAAGCGAUCUCUCCACAUCAAGUUUCAGCGACGAAUUUGCACGAAAGUUGCAAGAAUGGGAGAAAAUGCGGCUGAGACCGUCAGGUCCAGCUCCAUUGCAGAAACAAGGAUCCUUGGAGAGUGGAUCCGAUGUACCAUCGUCCCGUCCAGUGGAUAUAGAGUCAGAACUGAACAAAGGUCUUACGGAAGAGUUCAGCAAGAAACUUGCAGAAUGGGAAAAGAUGAAGAAGUCUGGGUAUGGCGCCACUAGCCCCAAGGGUGAGCCCAAGCAGAAGAGAAAUGUCAAAGAGAAGAAGGACAGUACAAAGAACUCGAAAGACAAGGAGAAGCAGAAGACCAAAGAGUCACCUUUGUUGAGUAGGAGGAGUAAAUCUCCAGAGGCAAAACUCUCACGAAACAUUGUAGUCAUUGAGGAUGCAGAUGGACAGUUGAAACUUGAGGGUGCCUCAAAGGAAUUUUCCAAGCGCUUCCAGGAGUGGGAGAAGAUGAGAAGCCAAUCAUCCAUGAACACUUCGGACAGUGACUCCCCGUCUCAGAGAGUGAGGAAGCAAGGUUCUGAGGAUAGCAGUGAGCCAGGUCCACAGAGAGAACGGGCAGCGUCUCCUAGAAGGACAGACGAUCCCUCAAAGACCACACCCUCACGGAAGGACAACAAUCAAGCUCAGAAGAAAGCAGGAGCCACAUCCCACGAGGCAGGGUCCCAGUCAGAGUUCCCGGAUGAUGGAAGGCCAGGGGAUGAUGCAGUCUUUGCAGAAGCAGAGGAACACAUCACCAAGCUAGAGGAGAAGAACACCUUUCUAGCAACGCAGCUAAAGAGGAAAGAUGUGAAUCUGCAGGCCGUGCAGUCAGAGCUGGAGACCAUGCAGCAUCAGCUGGAGCAGAUAGGAGGUAGCAAGAGAGAUCUGUUAGAAAAGAGCCCCCACGUGUCUAAGUUUGAUCUUUUACAAAAACGCACCAGUACUUGUUCCUCGAUCGGUGAGUCCCUUUUAGAGGAGGAACUCAACGACAUCAAAUCGCAGGUCGAGAAGCUUGAACAGCAGUAUCAGCUGCGCAUGAAACCGUCCAAACGAUCUUCACUUCAUUUGCGAUCGCCACCACCAUCAUCGUCGUCAUCUUCGUCUCAGCCAACGGCAACAUCAGAGUCAUCCGUGGCAUCAAAGGAUAGCCCAGUGGUGAAGGUUCCGAAUCCGGAGGUCACAACCUCAGGGAUCGCGACCUCAAACCCCAAGGAGACGCAGACUAUGGAUGUCGUUGAUGCAUGCGUCUCUACAGAGCCGCUGAAAUUACCAGGCAGAACGGAGGCAGAGGUCCAGACGAAACAGAGCGCCCCCACUGAAGAUUUGAAGCGUAGUCUUCAGGAGAGAGAGAAUAUCAUCAAACUUCUUCAGACAGAACUUGAGAGACAAUCACAAGAAAUAUCAUUCCUCCGUAACCAAGGCAACACGUUUAAGAGAGCAAAAAGCUUCUCGGCAAGAGAUAGAACCUAUAACCCAGCUCAGUUAGAGCCAUCAAUAGGAUGGAAUCCAGCCCUCCAGAGGAACAAGGUCAAAGACUCCACAUCAACUAUCUCUGUCUCAGAGUCAACUGAUUCCAGGCAAGAUGGUGCUCCAUCGUUAGAAGCCCUACAUAUCUCUGCUGAAGAUAUCAGAAUGGACGUUGAUUCCACCAAGAAAACUGCUCAGAGUUCGAGGAAUACAUCACAGUCAUCUACAAGUAAACAGAAUGUAUCCAGUACUAACAAGGAUCCAGAUGCCAAAUCAACCUAUCCAGGACUGUACGGACCAAUCGAGACAUCGUCUAGGAGGAGAAGGGGCAAUGAUAUCAAGGAAGAGACUUCGGCAGGACAAACAAAAGCUGCUGCGCAACAGAAGAAGGAACCAGAGAAAGAAGUGGACCAACCAAAAGAUGAGUCUGUUGAUGAAAUAGUCGCAAGGAGAAGAGCUAGACGUGAAGCGAGGAGAAACGUAAGAUUGGGAAUCCACUCUGCCCAAGACAAACCACCCAUUCCAGAGCCAAAGGAAGAAGUUAAACCUACUCAAACCAAAGGGACAGCUGAUAAGAUGACUGCCAAAUCGUCUAGUAUCACUGGUCCAGUCAAAGCUCAGGAUAGUGUUUCUGAGAGCCCCCGUGUGCGUCGUCGACGCGAUAGACAGAGUGGUCAUAGUACCCAAAGCCCAGUAGAAGCACCUCAGGAACCACCACUCAAACUGCCAUUAUCACCUAGGACUAGAGAUCGCCAAGAGAGGGAGGUAUUCUCAGAUACCACAAAUGACAGUGAGCAAGAGUCCAUCUCAUUAAGGUCUGAUUCUGAUAUCAGAAGACGUUUUGAAAGUAUCUUGGCACAUCGUCGUCGGGAGUCUACAGAUUCCGUCAGCAGCUCACGUAGAAGUUCACCUUCUGGAAGGCUUUAUGACUCCAACUUCUCCAGGACAAGAACUAAUGGAGAUGUUCAGAAUCUUAGAAAGAAGUUUACAGGGAGCAGCCCUGCAAAUGUUGCUCAAGCCGGUCCAGUGAAGCAGAAGAGCAAGUCUUUGAAAUAUGAGAAGGAGAGACCAAGGGAAGGUUCUGUCAAAGCAUUAAGCCAGACCUUUGGUUCAGGAGAUGAGAAGAAAACUGGUGGGAAUUCUAACAAGUCCUCUCCUAGGAGUCUUUCACCAGCUUCUUCUAGUGGUUCCUUGUCCACUGGAAUUGCAGAUAAGAUUAAAAAGCUGAAAAAUACAGAAGAGAAACCUAUUGAAAGAAGAAAGUCUGCUGACCUGAUCAAAGCUAGGGUUGCUCAGAUGGAGCAGCCAAAAGACACUCAUUCAGAAACUCCCCAGAGGAAGUCAAUGCCUGCUAUUCAGGCAGUCAGGAGCAAGUUUGAAAAGGGUGGUAACCAGGACACUGCACUGUCACCCACAAGAAAGGCUGGAGGAAAGAUCUCCUACACAGUCUCUGUGACUGAUAGUGACAAGGAAAACUCUGAAUCAUCAAGGACAGAUGAUAGGUCGUACAGGCAGAAGUCUAAAUCUUCAAGACUUGUGGCAGUUGUGGAAACCGCUGACUCUACCAAGAAGCCAGAUACUGUAACAUUUACUGUCAACUCACAUGGAAGAAGACGGUAUGGGGCGAUGGCCGACAACACGAAUAACAGUAACAGCAAACAUGCAGAGCCUCCAGUCACUGAAGAUCUGGCAAAACCAGUAGAGACUGAAAAACUAAAGAAGGACGAUGUUCACACUGUGCCAACCAAAGAGGAAAGAGAGCACAAAGAACCUAAGACACCAAGUGGAAAGCGUGAAGAAGAUGCUAAGGAAGGGCGUAGAAGAAGGCGGGAGAGGCAUAAGGCUUCUGAAGCUAAUAAGAAAGCACAGGAAACAUCUAAACCAGAACCUGCUACGUCUGAACCAGAGAAACAUAAUACAAAGAAGAAUGAUACUAAAGAAACAAAGGCGGAAGAACCUCAAAAUAAAGUGGAGAAGGAAGAGAGCAAGCCUGAGGUCAAGACUGAUACUGGAAAGAAAGGAAGAAGGAGAAGACGUGGGAAGGGUCAGUCAGUUGAUAUACCUGAUGAACCAAAGCAAAGCAGCCAGAACAAACCAAAUGUUGAGGUACUACAGGAAAAGGGUAAGGAAAAAGAAGAGAAGGAGGAGAAAGAAAAGGAAAAGUCAGAGAAGAGAUAUGAAAAGAAGGAAGAUGUGACCAAGCCUUCAGAGAGGCACAUCCAAAAGAAGGAUAAGGAAUCCACAUUGACUGCACUGAAGAGAAUGGUCAGCAAGAGGGAAGAUGUUAGACCAGACGUCAAGGUACGUGACCCCACGAGAGCGAGACUGGAGGCCGAGAAUAAAUCAAGCAGUAUAGACAGCAUAGAAGGUCAAGACUACCCUGACCUAUUGGCUCAGACCAGACUGCAUGACAAGGACAAGGGAAACUCACAGGAUGAAGGGAACGGCAGACGCCGUCCCCGGUCCAUGGUUGCAGAGUCAGGACUGAAGGGUGCCGCUGCAGCCAUAGGACAAGCCAUUCCCAAACCUGAGAGUGAGGAUAAAGAAAAGGAAAAGGAGAAAGAGAAGGAGAAACCAAAGGAAGCUGAGGAAGAUGAUCGUCGUUCUCGAAAGGAAACAACACGAAGAGGGCGUUUCCUUGCCAAGGCAGAUAAAUUUGAACUGUUCAGGAGAGCGAGAUCUGUGGGGCCAGGAUCCAAGAACAAAGAGAGAUCACCCAGUGCAGAGAGGAAGUCCAAAGGAAUAAGAUCAAGUUCUAUUGAUAGGUCUAAGAUGAGGGCCAAAUCUCCAGAUCCUAUCAAGAGCAAGAAGAAAGGUGGUUCCAUUGGAGGGUUUCUCAAGGCUUCCAACUCUGAAACUGAUGAUGAUGAUGAGGAUGAUGACAUCGAGUACGACAGUGAAGAAUAUGACAGUGAGAGUGAUGUGGGUAGUGGCAUCGAUGACGACACCGAUGACGAUGUCGAAGAUGACUUAUGGACCGAUAUGGAAGAAUGUUACCGGAUUCUUUUCAACUGCCACAGUGUGCUAUCCAAGCUUCAAUGCAGAGAGAGAAAGCAUGCCCUCACUUGGCCAAUAUCUGCCAUGCGGCAGGCAGCGUUACUGAGUUGACAUCUGUCAUCAACCAACUUAUCAACGUCCAACUUACCAUCCCUAUCCACUUUGCAUGUUCUUAGCCUACCAAGCUUGCCACUUCUUUAGAUAUGCAUUGAUUUUUUAAAACCAACUUUUUGUUCUUCAUGAGCUUAUUGUGCAAAAAAGGGAGUCUGAAGAAACUCCUGGACCCACAAGACUACACCAGCCUUGUUUGGGAUUCACCACUGCUUGAUGAACAUGACUGGAAUCAUGUGACUAGAGAUGUCAUGUGACCGGUACAUCAUGUGACCGGCAUGACAUGUGACCUACAUGUAUCAUGUGAUGAGGCAACAUCAGUGCUGAUGAAGCAGCUGUUGAUGCAGUCCUGAGGAAACGGCUAUGAAGGCACAUCACCACUGGAAGAUCACAUAAUUCUCAUCGUCAAGGAUUAGUCGCACUGAUGAGCAAGCCAAGCCAGCAGUUCCAGUUUCAUUUGAGGUCCGAUGCUGAUGAUGCUUUAUAUAUCUGGGACUUUUUGUUUGAUUUUAAUCAGUGUGUGAUUGCACUUUUGAUUUAUUUUGUCAGGUCUUGAUGAAUAUUCCAACCAUACCCUUGGGGAUUAAGGGUGUUGCUCGAUCUCGUACCUUCAAACGGGGGUAAUGUAUUUAUGAUCAGACAGCCCCCUGUAAAUGCUAUGCAUUAGGGUCAUACCUAGCUGGCCCCCAUUCAGAUCACUAAUUUUAUCUUGGCCACGAGACCGCUCAGUUCUUAUGUAAAUUGUGUCAAAAUAAGGAUGAUGAUUUGAUGGCACUGAUAAUGGUGACUGUAUGAUGGAUACCAAUGUGAACAGGGAUAUGUAAUACAAUGCUUAUCAAUUGAUCACAGAACACAUUUUGAUGAUUGAUUGCAUUUGCCACAAUGUACAAUCGAUCAUGAAAAUCAGUCUUACGGUCAAUUGCAAAGUUUUGUGGUACAGUAGCCAGGAGUGAUUGUCCGCUCAAUACCCACAAUAGUUCAGCCAAAGUCAAACUUAAUUUUGUUCUUUUAUAAUAUGAAAGGGCUUAUCAAAAACUUUGGAUAUCUAUAUAAAUUGUCAAAUUGAUUAUCUAAAAUCCAUCUAACAUACUUGAGUAAAUGUUGAAGAAAAAAAUAGAAGAUAUAGUUUGACGUUUCAUCUAAAAUCCACUUUGUCUAGAACUAUUCAGUCAAUAUAAUUAAUAAUAAUAAUAUUAUGCAACAUUUAUAUAGCGCUUAAUACAAUGUUUAAUUACAUAAAACACCCAAGUUCAAAUCCACUUUGAAAACACGCUUAUUUGAAAAGACUUUUGAAUUAGUGCCACAAUUUUCCAGCAAAUUUCUCACUUUUCUUUGCUUUGUCUUCUUCAAAAGCGCAUAGGGACGCGUUUGAUAGUGAUAUUUGCUAUGUAACCAUGUUGGUAUUCUUAUUAUUAUUCAUGAACUAUUAAAGUUUUAUUUGACAAAAAGUAUGAAAAAAGCAGACAAAGUGGAAAUUGAAACAUCUUGCUGUUAGACAAUGUAGUGGU